GCGGAGUCAGAAGCCGUGCGAGAGAAGGAAGCGGGCGCGGGAAUCCCCUUUAAGUUUUGCCUGCCUUUCCGGCAAACGCGCUUUGGUGCUUCGUCGGGUGCGGCUGUCUCACUUUGGUGCAUCAUCGGGUGCAGAGCCUUUCCUUGUUUCUUUCUCAGAAAGCAAGGUAGGGCGGACGAAUCUUCUCUUGAGUUCUCACCGCCGCACCGCCAAUGUUCAUAUGACUGAGCAAAAGCUUCUGGAAGUGGUAUAUUUGGUCCCCUUGACCCUAAAUUAGAGGUGUGCUUGCACGGAAAGAGGUAUCCUUGCAAACGGAAAACCAGGAAGCGACCCUUUCGUGAGUUCCCUGUUACAGAAACUACAAUUGGAUGUGCGGAGUUGUUUCUCUCUCCCCCCCUGUAAAUAACAUGAAUUGUAGUUUGUUUUUUUCUUCACUUGGUUGACCCCUCAGGAAAGGGAAGAGGAGACAACACCCGCUUCUUUUAAUUGGGUUUGGUGACCAGUCAUGGUGGGCCAUCACGACCACAUGUUCAAAGUCUUGAUUAUUGGUGAUGCCACAGUUGGGAAGACCUCGUUAGUCCAGCGAUAUGCCAAUGACAGCUUCAACAAGCACUACAAGUCUACCGUAGGAGUGGAUUUUGCUCUGAAGGUGGUGCAAUGGUCAGAGUCUGAGACAGUGAGGUUACAGCUAUGGGACAUUGCUGGUCAGGAACGUUUCACAUCAAUGACUCGACUGUAUUACAAGGAGGCAGCAGCCUGUGUCGUCAUGUUUGAUGUUACCAAUUUUAGCACAUUCACCAGUUGCCAGAAAUGGAAACAAGAUUUGGAUAGCAAGGUGAAACUGCAAGAUGGAAGUCCUGUCCCUUGUCUGCUAUUGGCUAAUAAGAGUGAUCUUUAUCCAUGGGCUAUGACUAGAGAAGAAAUUGACCAAUUCAGCAAAGAGAAUGGCUUUACUGGUUGGACUGAGACAUCAGUCAAGGAAAACAAAAAUGUAAAUGAGUCGAUGAGGGUCCUUAUUGAAAAAAUGAUGGUCGCAACUUGGCCAGGUGAUAAAGACAUGUCUGUUUCAGGCCAUGGGGACUAUAUCAAUCUGAAAGAUGAAUCCACAUCCAACUGGGGUUGCUGCUAACUAUAUUUGCUUCUUCAUCUGACCAGAAGUCUAAAGUGCCAUUCAGACAAAUCUAUAUACUUUUUAAAGCACUCACAAAUUCUCUCUUUGCACUGUUGAGAAAAUGAAAAGGCAAUCCUCAUUCUAGCAGGACAAUGGAAAAUACUGUCUUAGCUACUUAUGAACUACAAUGUACACUUUCCCCAUUCCAUUAAGCAUUGCCUCAUCAGCUUCCUCAAGGAUGAAGGAUCUUCGGCAGAUUUCAGCUCCUGACAGUUAAAAGAAGAUCUCCACUACUCUUGAUCAAAAAUACCACUGCAGGGAGUAUGGGUAUUGGGAUCUUUCAAAUAUCCAAAAGCCCAGCCUGAAGAAUCUUGUGUUUGACAGUUUAUCCACUAAGUCUUCCUCUACUCACAUUUAGCACAGACUUCUUUUCACAAGUCUUUUGUGGAAAGAGGCUUUGGACUGCCUUGUGACGCAGCUGCUGAAUCCUCUUACUGCAGCUUUUCUUGAAGUGCCAUUUUCGGCCCAUGAGAAAUCAUUUGGUACUUUUGUCUUUUUCACCAAUAAUGUUAUGUCUAAACCUAGGAAAAUUCUAUGAACUCUGACCAUUUUUGUCUCUGCUUUUAUGUUAGGCAUGCAGUUGUUAAGCUCUUUCUUGAAGUUAUUUUAUUAGAGAGCCAGCAGUGAAGAGAGGCUAAAGCCGUAAACUUCAUUGCACUGAUACACCUUAACUUACACUGAUACAACUUAAUGCACCAGCCAUAUUUUUCGUCUUUAUAACCCUUUCUCUUGCAAGAUCUUAUCUGCCUCUUUUCAGAUUCUGAUGAAUUACUUGUCUUCAGCCAUCCAACUUCUUAGUUAGAUAGCCAGCAUGGCAGGCUGUUUGAAAGGCCACCUACUGGUUUAGUGAUCUGAGGGACAAAACAAAAUAAAGAGCAUAGCAGGACAAAAGCUAAAGUUAAAAUAUUUCCGGUGGCUUUUAUUUUUAUUUUUUUAUAUAAAAAGUAGUAGGAAUUAACCCAAUUUUGCUGGGAUUAUUAGCUGGCAGCCUUCUGUUUUU